AUGGCAGUAAUCAGCACUCCGAGCGCCUCGCCGGAACCAACUGUCAACAACCCCCAACCAGAUCAAGCUCCCAUCACCUCUUCCGUCGACGUCACUGCCUCUUCCAGCCUUCUAAUCGAUCUCGAAAUUACUGGCGAAGACACACAGCUACUCAACGCAUCGACCAUGGCUGAUCGUUUCCCUUCCUUGGAGGACUUCUCUGAAGGCCAGACAGAGGCCAUCGAGAGCAAGGGAGCUUCCGAGGAUGACUUCCUUGCCCGUGAGCGCGCCGCCCUCGGCGAAGAUGCCGACCAAUUCGCUACCCCUCAAGACCACGUUGCGGCCCCAGCCGGCGGAGAUGACCUACUGGGUGGAGGUGACGACACCCCCGCAGAGGAGAUUGGACAAUUUGAGUCUUCCUUCCCUUCAGUUGAAACUCAGGCACAGAACGAGCGAGUUGCCCCUGGCGGUACAAUCACCGGAACCGGUUCCCCUUUCCCUGCCACUGGAUAUGUUUCUGCGGUGACCGAGGAAGAAGAGCCAGAGCCUGUUCGUCAGUGGCGUGAGAAGCGGGACGCCGAACUCGCUCGUCGCGCACAAAUUUCUGCGGAGAAGAAGGAAGCCACUCUCAAGAAGGCCCAACAGGAUAUCGAUGACUUCUACGUUGCCUACAAUAACAAGCUUGACAAGACCAAGGCCCAGGCCCGCGCUGAGGCUGAAGAGUUCCUAGCUAACCGUGAGAAUACUUCAGCUGGUGGUACCUCUUGGGGACGCAUUGCUAAGCUGGUCGACAUUUCGGGCGUGGGCUCCGCUGGCGGCGCCAGCGGCUCAGGCAAGGAGCGUUUCCGCAAGCUCCUGAUCGAUCUGCAGAAGGACCAGGAGGCCCCCGGCUCUACCGGUAUCUAA